AUGACAAUUGUUACUACUAAUCAAAAUCAUAUCAUCAAUUUCGAACCAAAUAAUAUCGAUCAAUUAGCAUUCUCAUCAAUAAAUAAACUUUUAAUUGCUCAUAAUCAAAACAAUGCAUCGUUAAUAUUCUCGUCAAUAAUAAAUACGAAAGAAACAUUAAUCAACAGCUGCUAUAAUAAUAAUAAUAAUAAUAAUAACAAAGUCGCUAAACGCAAUACAAAAGAACCUUAUCGAUCAGAUUCAACUUCAUCAACAGUAAUAACAUUUAAUUCUUCGUCAUACAUUGAUUAUCAUAGCCAGGAACUACUCGAUUAUCCACUACGCUUAUCUUUACGCUUUCGUACAUUAGGUCGAAUAUCAAACGGCGUUCUUCUGUCAUUAACACAACGUAAAUCUUCAUCGUUAAUUAUCCCGUUUUUUAUCAUCGAACACUCAAAUGGAAAAAUUGAAAUAACCGUUUUGCAAUUAGAUGAAAGAAAAGUAUUAUCAACUGUCACUAGUGUUCAAUGUGGAAAAAAUGUCAAUAAUGACAAUUGGCAUUGGUUACAAGUUGAAAUUGAUCAAAGUGGAAUAUUUACUCUUGUUGUUGAUGAUGAUAGUCGAACAUCUCAAAUCCCGAGUUAUGUUGUCUCGAGUUGGAAUUUAAAUGCAGUAUUAGUUGGUGAUACUCGUCGUUUAAGUUCAGAUAUAUUUCAGCCAUUUAUCGGCUAUAUGAGCGAACUUCUAUUUAACGAUGAAAAUCUAUUUGAAAUCCUAACAAAAUCAAAGGAUGAAUCCAUAUCAAAUUUUUAUUAUGAUAGUCAACAUCUAACUGUUGGUUAUCGCGUAGCAUUCUUUAAUUUAGUUACUGUCAAUACGCAAAAAUCUUAUAUAGCUUUUUCGGAACGUGAAAAUCAAAACAAAAAUCAUGGAAAACUUGACAUUUACUUUCUGUUUCGCUCGUAUGUACCAGAUGGAAUCAUUUUAUACCGCUAUGCUCAAGGCUUAAAUGAAUAUUUUGCUAUUGGUUUACGAGCUGGUAUACUUGCAUUAUUCAUUGAUUUUGGUUUCGGUAAACGACAAAUUGUCAGCAAUGAGUCAAUAAAAUUAGCAGAUGGUAAAUGGCAUGAAGUACGUGUAACAAGAAUUGGAACUGAUAAGAUCGAGCUGGUUGUUGAUAACCGUGCAAAUCGUUCCACAUUGUCAGCUAACGGCAUAAGAAAUGCAGUUUCACUUCAGCCCGUUCUUUAUGUUGGUGGAAUACCGAAUAAUAAUAAUAUUAAUUUAACUGGAUCGGGUCUCAAUGCACAUGGAUUUCAAGGAUGUCUGUCAAGUUUUAUUGUUGAUGGUCGUCUACUUGACUAUCAACGCGCUUUAGUAUUGAACGGACAAGUCAAAAUGAAUGUUUGCUCAGAUUUAAAUAAACUCUGUUAUGAUUUCACAUGUGUUCAUUCGGGCGCGUGUUCAAUAAAUGAAAAUGACGAACCAAGUUGCGAUUGUGUUGAAACAAGUUUUAUAGGGGAACGAUGUGAUAAAUUACCGAAAGGAUUUUAUUUUGGAAAACAUCAUUCCAUUGGCACAAUUAACCAUAUUGUACGAACGGCUCAUCAAGGAGAUUAUGAUAUAAUUUCAUUCGGCUUACAAACAUUAUCUACAUCAGCACAAAUAUUACGUCUUGAAUCUGAACCAAAUUUAUAUAGCCUAGAAUAUGAAAUUGUACGAGAACAGUCUUAUAUGAAAUUAUAUGCGGGCACAAAGCAACCUGAUAUUUAUUCAGCUGUGGUUCAAAUAACGGAUGGAGUCUAUCAUGCUAUUAAAAUAAUUCGACGGCUCUCAACAGUUGAAUUGUAUGUUGACGGGAUUCGAAUUAAAUUAGAAGGAGAAACUAAACUGCCACGACAAUUGGAUCAGCCAAUGGCUAUUUCACAAAAACGUUUACGAAUUGGAAGUUUCAAGAAUGUUUCACAUUGGAAUGGAAUUAUUGCGGGUUUAUCAUUCAAUCGUCAACCCGUAUUUGACAGUCUUUCUAAUACACUUACUUAUUCUGGCGAUGUUGCAGAAGCUUAUCCCGAUAAAUAUACUGACCAAUUCAAUUUAGUUGAUUCAUUUUAUAUUGCAACUGCCAUAAUAUCUUCAACAGCAACAACAGCAGUAACGUCUAUUAUUUCUAGAAUUGAAGAUUCAUCUGAACCAUCUACUGAAACUACUUUAGCAACUUCAACAAUAAGCGUUCCCAUUCUUGAUAGUUUAUAUCAUCAAGACUAUAUAACACAAGUAAAUUUAAUAUCUGAUAUCUCUUAUCAAACACCGGUUGAAUGGUUCUAUAAACAAUUAAAAUAUAUUGGCGUUCGUGGCCUUAUCAUCAGUGCAAUAAUAUCAGUUUCCCUUCUGGCUCUUCUUUUAUUUUUAAUAUUAUGUCUACAUUGUAAAACUCGUCAUACUAGAAAGAAACUUGCCUAUCAAUACAAAGAAACAAAUGGAAAUAACGCUUAUGCUCCAAUAAAAGCCCAUACAAAUAUAUUACCCGAUGGUCGCAAUUCAAAAAAACGUGUACCUAAAAUUCUUCGUUAUUUACAUGCAAAUCAAUCAAAACCACUAUCAUUCCGUUUAACAUCAAAUGGCAGUCUCUCGCGUUUAAACAGUGGCGACAGUUAUCAUCUUAUAUCAGCUUUACAAGAAAAUCAUAAAGAACAAAGAACACCAUCUUAUAAAACAUCCGAUUGUCUUGACAAUGAUCAUUGUUGUGUACAUCCAAGUUUUUCUCAACCAGCACCAGCAUCAGCAUCAAUGUAUCAUCAAGUGAAUCGUUUAAUGUUGUCCAGUAGUGAACCACCAUUACCAUUACCAAAUAUAACAGCCCACCGUUAUGCUACUCCAAUUUCAUCGACAUUACGUUCAGUAAAAAAAGACAUCGAUAAUUCAAGUUCACAAACAUAUUCAGCUGUUUACUCAUGUGAAUUAGCAGCUAACUUAGAUACUGAUCAAGAACUUUUUUCCCAAUUCCGAUCACCAAUCAAACGAAGAUCAGUCAUAAAACCUCGCAAUUCGAUGCUAAUGGAAAAUCAAAUUUUAUAUCUUUAUACAAAAAGUCUUGUUGAUUGUCAUGCAUUACAGUCAAAUAAUUAUCCUACAGUUCUUCUUGCAACAGCUGAUGAAAAUAGAAUUCAAUUAUUGCAUGCGCACUCCGGUAAUUUUCAUUCUCAACUUCCUAUCUCAUCAGUUGGCGCUUGUCACACAAUGAUAUUCUCACGUGAUGGCCAAUUUCUAAUUGGACUCUUCUACGAAGUUACUUCCAAUGUAAAUCCAUAUGCUGUUAAAAUUUGGUCAACAGAUGAUUAUUCAAUACGAACAAAUUUACAUCCAAUAAAAUGUUCCAUAGCCGUUACAUCUCGACAUUCGCCUAUUCUCUACAUGGCUGGAAAACAAAAGUACGGUCGCGGUAUAUCACUUGGUUUACUUGAUCUGGACUCUUGUUGUCUUGCACGUGAACUUAAAUCCGAUCCUGAUACAUCUAUUGGCGAUGAAAUAAAACGAAUUAUAUUAACAAAAAAUGAGUCCUAUGCACUCGUUGCCUGUACCGAGUACUCAAGUACGUUUGCAUGUUUCGUCGUUUUUAAAUUAGAAGCAGCAGCCCUAAUCCCUGAUGAGCCUUCAUCUCUAAUAACUGGUUCUAUGAGUAAUUGUACAAUGAUAUUAACAAGAUUCGAUUGUAAUCCAAGUUAUACAUUCUCAAUUGUUGAUACAAAUAAUAAUGGUGAUCAAUAUAUGUUAACUGUAUUGCGUACAAAUGAAAUUAUUAUUUGGCAAUUGAACGAUGGAGAAAUAAUCUUUAAUUAUAAUUUUAAUUAUUUAUUCGACGACACAAAUAAACAUGAACUGAAUGAUUGUCAAAUGAAUGACAAUCGUUUACUAAUAUUCGCUCAGCCGGAUCAAGUUUUUAUUUGGGAUGUUACUGUUCCUCUAGGACAAUUUUUAUUUGUUACAAGUAUUUGUGAUCCAUUGAUUCAUUCGAUUAGUUGGUUUGAUCAUCGGCAUUUUCUUUCCAUUGAUCGCGAUGGCCAACGAAUACGUUCAAUACAAUCUUUACAUGUACAUUCGAUAUGCAAUAAUAUAAAUAAACAAAAACAGCAUUUUAUUGUUGGAUUGUCAACGAACGAACGCAGUCUAAUGAUGUUUGAAUAUAAUCAAUUAUAUGAUGAUGAUGAUGAUCAUACUGAUUCAUCGAAUAAUAUGAUUAUUGAGUGA